UGCGUAGUGGUUUCCAUGGAAACGGAAGAUGGCGCCUCGGAAUCGCCAACUCUCUUCUACCCCUCUGGAGAUUCUGCUGUUCCUCAAUGGCUGGUAUUAUGCCACAUAUUUCUUGCUGGAGAUCUUCAUAUUUGUCUAUAAGGGACUGCUGUUGCCAUAUCCUUCUGCCAAUCUGGCCUUGGACCUGGUUAUGCUUUUCCUCUACCUUGGAAUUGAAGUAACCCGGAUAUUUUUUGGCUCAAAAGGGAACCUAUGUCAAAGGAAAGUACCCCUCUCCAUCAGCUUGGCUUUAACGUUUCCAGCAGCAGUGAUGGCAGCCUACUAUCUUCUCCUGCAGACCUAUGCUCUGCGUUUGGAGGCCAUCCUCAAUGCUAUUCUGCUUCUCUUCUAUGCUGUUGAGCUGUUUCUGGGCAUUCUUACCCUGGCUUCCUUCUCCAGUUUGGACUCCUACUGAGAAUCUUUCCAGACACUACACAUGGAAUCCUGUGCUCUUCAUAUAGGAAAGAAGCUACAUGAACUUUUGAUUGUCAUGGUUGACUGUGGCUUGACAUCUAGUUUCUUGAAAAAGCUGGAAGAUGACACAGCCACUGUCCUGUUUCAGCUAGGGGACCAUCAGGAAGGUUCUCAAGAGAUCACUGGACCCAUUGUUAGCCACAGACCCAGUAUCACCUUCGCAUUCCUGCUCGAGGAUGACAAGUUCAGACUUUACAACUAGGAAAUUUGACUCCUGAAAGUUCAGACUACUCAGAUUAUAGCUACAGCUGCUGUGUCUUUUGACUUCCUUGGUAUGGUAGUCUGACAGUGGGCUCCAGCGUUUCUAGCAUGUGUGCAGUGAUUGUCAUUGGGGCAUAUCUACCCAAUCUUUCCUGUAUGUGAACUCCUUGUAUCUGAUCCCUGAAAGGGGAGGGGAGAAUGACAGUGAGGACAGUGGGCUUUCUGCCUGUUCCCCAAUUCAGUAUUGUUACUGUAUGUAUUAGUGAUUUAUUUGUAGCACUUUGUUUUUCUACUGUAUCCUUGGAAUAAAUAUUUAUUUUUCAA